CUUAACUUAAGCAUAAUUGUAACCUAGCUUUUACACAAAAUUAACCAAAAAAAUAUAAAAUGCACACAAACUAUAUACAUAAACUGCUACAAAAGCAAACCUUGCGAGAAACAUACCAAAAUAUCAAUAUGAACACCCCACCGUUCUCUGUUGGAAAGAGGCAGAGGAGGGCGGGCAAGACGGAGGUAUUUGUACUUGAGCUUACCUCAUCCUGGUUGCGAUGUCCUCCCGGGGCGUGUCCUGCGUGGUCCUGGUGGCGCUGCAGUGCUGGCUGUGCGAUGCCAUGGUGAAGGUAGAACUGAGGUGGCGGCUCCCUGCAGCCCUUCACACCCUCACGGAGGACCACGUGCAGGCUAAUUCCAAACUACACAGGACAUCUGAAUUAUUGGCACACCACCACACAGGUGUUGUGCAGGGAGCAUUCACCACCACUGUGCACCUCACCAGGGGAGGACGCGGGGCCAACACACACGCUGCUGCAGGGACGAUGGGCAGCAGUGAUGGGAAGCUUGUGCUGAAGGAAAUGAUGUAUUACUGACACACCCUGUAGAAAGAGGAGCAGGAAGAAAGGAGCCCCACACACACUACAACAGGAGUCUGGAGCACCUUCCCCUCGUCCCCUUGAGGAAGAAGCCACCCCUGUACACCAGCAGGAGGCAGCAGGACACCAGGAGGGGCAUCUACCCGAGGGGCGUCCUGUCAGGCAGCACAGAGGACCUCACACAGGCUGGAAACAAGAUAAGGGUGGUAAACAAAAGCCCAGGGAAGGAUGCAAGGGGGAGGACUAAGGAUAGGGGUGAUUCCAGCCUUCCCUUGGGGUGUGGAGUGAAGUGUGGUGCCUCAGGGGAUGUGUCAGGUGCCCCUAGGUGUCCUCUCACAGUACUGAUGUCAGGGGAGUGUGCUGUGUGGCUCAGAGGAAAGAAAAUGCAGUGAUGGCACAGA